CGGCUUCCGGUAGAGAGUGAGGCGCAUGCGCGCGCCUGCGGGCACCCGGGGACUGGUCCCUCCAGAGCGAGGCUCAGUGUGUGCCGAGUGGAAAGUCGGGUUUCUCAGUCAGUCAGUCAGUGGAGAAUGGAGCGAGCCGGGGCUGCGGGCGGCCACGCAACUUCCGCUUCUUCACCCGUCACCGCAGCCCGAGACUAACUGACUGACUGACCGACCGCCCGUGGGCGGCUGGGGAGGGAGAGUAAUAACCUGAAAGACUCGAGUUGGCUGCGUUGUGUGAAGAGGAGGUGCCGCUGCCGUUGUUGUUGCUGCUGCUGUCUCCGCAGGCCCGGCCGGACCGGGACGGCGCCAGGAGAACGACGUGGGGGACCCGGCAGGAACCGUACCGGCACCCGUAGCUUGAGAGUGGCCGCGCCAAGCUCCAUGAAUGGAAAUCGGCAGCGCAGGACCCGUUGGGGCUCAGCCCCUGCUGAUGGUGCCCAGACGACCUGGCUAUGGCACCAUGGGCAAACCCAUUAAACUGCUGGCCAACUGCUUCCAAGUUGAAAUCCCAAAGAUUGACGUCUACCUCUAUGAGGUAGAUAUUAAGCCAGAUAAGUGUCCUCGGAGAGUGAACAGGGAGGUGGUAGAUUCAAUGGUGCAGCAUUUUAAAGUGACAAUAUUUGGGGACCGCAGACCUGUUUAUGAUGGUAAAAGAAGCCUUUAUACAGCCAAUCCGCUCCCCGUUGCAACAACUGGGGUUGAUUUGGAUGUAACAUUGCCUGGAGAAGGUGGUAAAGAUCGUCCCUUCAAGGUGUCAAUAAAGUUUGUUUCCCGGGUGAGCUGGCACUUGCUGCAUGAGGUUCUGACAGGACGAACCUUGCCUGAACCUCUGGAAUUAGACAAGCCAAUCAGCACUAACCCUGUUCAUGCUGUCGAUGUGGUGCUACGACACUUACCCUCAAUGAAGUAUACACCUGUAGGCCGCUCCUUUUUCUCUGCUCCAGAAGGCUAUGAUCAUCCCUUGGGAGGUGGCAGGGAAGUAUGGUUUGGAUUCCAUCAGUCUGUUCGACCUGCAAUGUGGAAAAUGAUGCUAAAUAUUGAUGUUUCUGCCACUGCCUUCUACAAAGCACAACCUGUAAUUCAGUUUAUGUGUGAAGUUCUCGAUAUUCACAACAUUGACGAACAGCCACGACCUCUGACUGAUUCUCACCGGGUAAAAUUCACCAAAGAGAUAAAGGGUCUGAAGGUUGAAGUGACUCACUGUGGAACAAUGAGACGAAAGUACCGUGUCUGUAACGUUACACGGAGACCUGCCAGUCAUCAAACUUUCCCAUUGCAGUUAGAAAAUGGUCAGACUGUGGAGAGAACAGUAGCACAGUACUUCAGAGAAAAGUACAACCUGCAGCUGAAAUAUCCUCAUCUUCCUUGUCUACAAGUGGGACAGGAGCAGAAACACACCUAUCUGCCUCUUGAAGUUUGUAACAUCGUGGCAGGCCAGCGAUGUAUCAAGAAACUAACAGACAAUCAAACAUCAACCAUGAUAAAAGCAACAGCAAGAUCUGCCCCAGAUAGACAAGAAGAAAUCAGCAGACUGGUGAGAAGUGCUAAUUAUGAUGCAGACCCAUUUGUUCAGGAAUUUCAGUUUAAAGUCCGUGAUGAGAUGGCUCAUGUGACGGGGCGUGUGCUUCCAGCUCCCAUGUUGCAGUAUGGAGGGCGGAAUCGAACAGUUGCAACACCAAGUCAUGGUGUGUGGGAUAUGCGGGGAAAACAGUUUCAUACUGGUGUGGAAAUCAAGAUGUGGGCAAUUGCUUGCUUUGCAACACAGAGACAAUGUCGUGAAGAAAUACUGAAGGGUUUUACAGACCAGCUGCGCAAAAUUUCCAAGGAUGCAGGAAUGCCAAUCCAAGGUCAACCAUGCUUCUGUAAAUAUGCACAAGGUGCCGACAGUGUGGAGCCUAUGUUCCGACACCUUAAAAACACAUAUUCUGGGCUCCAGCUCAUCAUAGUCAUCCUACCAGGGAAAACACCAGUGUAUGCCGAGGUGAAGCGUGUGGGAGACACACUUUUGGGGAUGGCCACCCAGUGUGUUCAAGUCAAGAAUGUCAUAAAAACAUCUCCUCAGACCCUCUCUAACUUGUGCCUAAAGAUUAACGUAAAACUGGGAGGAAUCAACAACAUCCUUGUACCUCAUCAACGACCUUCUGUGUUCCAACAACCAGUGAUUUUCUUGGGAGCAGAUGUUACUCAUCCACCUGCUGGGGAUGGAAAGAAGCCAUCUAUCGCUGCUGUUGUAGGUAGUAUGGAUGCCCAUCCAAGCAGGUACUGUGCCACAGUGAGAGUUCAAAAACCCCGCCAGGAGAUCAUCCAAGACUUGGCCUCCAUGGUUCGAGAACUUCUCAUCCAGUUCUACAAGUCAACACGCUUCAAGCCGACACGAAUAAUCUUCUACCGUGAUGGGGUGUCAGAAGGGCAGUUUCGACAGGUGUUGUAUUAUGAGCUGCUAGCAAUUAGAGAGGCCUGUAUCAGUCUUGAAAAGGAUUACCAGCCUGGCAUAACAUAUAUUGUUGUUCAGAAGAGGCAUCAUACAAGGCUGUUUUGUGCUGAUCGGACAGAAAGGGUUGGAAGAAGUGGGAACAUCCCAGCUGGAACAACUGUAGAUACGGAUAUCACACAUCCUUAUGAAUUUGAUUUUUACCUCUGUAGCCAUGCAGGAAUACAGGGUACCAGCCGUCCCUCACAUUAUCAUGUAUUGUGGGACGAUAACUGUUUUACUGCAGAUGAACUUCAGCUGCUAACUUACCAGCUCUGCCACACCUAUGUGCGCUGCACACGAUCCGUGUCUAUACCUGCACCAGCGUAUUAUGCUCACCUGGUGGCAUUCAGAGCAAGAUAUCACCUUGUAGACAAAGAACAUGACAGUGCUGAAGGAAGCCAUGUUUCAGGACAGAGCAAUGGGAGAGAUCCCCAAGCCCUUGCGAAGGCUGUGCAGAUUCACCAAGACACCUUACGCACCAUGUACUUUGCUUAGCUAUAAAAAAAAUAUCAGUGAGACCGGAGCCUAUUCACGAAAGGAAGAACCGCAGAAUUUAGCCACAUACAGUGUAUGUUUAAAGAAGGGUCAGUUCAUUGGGAAGGGGGAUACCUCUGCCACUGCUGAAACUGAUCCUGUGGGAGGGGGCACGGGCCUUAUCCUUGUUUUGAUGCAAGGAAGAUUGUUUACUUCACCGAUAACACGGCACUUAUUAUGCAAUAUGAAACCAGCCAACUGCUUUUGAAGCAGCCUCCAGUGGGAAGUGCUGCCGUCAUCGUUGUUGUCUUUUCCUUUGUGUGUGUUUUCUCUUGUAGUCUAACCCUUUUUUAUGCCUUUACCUCAAGUUGCUCAGCAGCACAACUCUUUCUGCAAAAAAGAAACAAUUAUUAUGGUAUUAAAACUUACAGGAGCAAUCAAAAAAGUGGUUGUUGGGGUGGGCAAGUGAAGUGAAGUGGAGAAUGUGCAAAAAUGUUUUUAUCCUUUGGCUACCCCUACGAGGGUAGCCGGUGGCUUCCCCUCAAUGGCUGUCAGCACUUGAAUGUGACCAUAGCAAGUGUGUUUGUAUGUUUGAGCAGCUCUACAGAGUAUGUUGUGGGAAAGGCUGUGUGUAUAGUGCAUUUGCAGAUCCAUUGAUCCCAGUGUGGUUUAGCCAACUGCUGCCUUUUGUGUCUGUCUUCAUUGCUUGGAGUUGCUCAACUCAAGUCUAUUUCUGUACCAUAACUAUGUUAACCAUAUACGUUGAUGCUGGCAGUAGCGAUACAACCUGAUGAGAUUAAUGAAGCUGCUGCUUUCUCCUUGUCCAGAAGUUUCAGCUAAUUUUACAUCUUGUGUGCCAUGUGUAUACCUUCUGAGCUUCUUGUGACAGCAGAUCUCCUCCCCUGUUUUGCCAGGGUGACGUGUAAUAUCCAUUCAAGUACAGACACUAAGUUGAGGUCUUCUCUUUUUUAAAAAUGAAAAAAUAUAUAUUAGUUGACUCGCUGCCUCUCACUUUAAUGUGAUUGCAUAUAUAUAUAUAUCUAUAUAUACGUGUACUUUGAGGUUUAGCUUCCUUUUUUCUUUUAUAUUUAUUAGAGUAAUAAUAAUGCUUUAAUUUAAGUCAGUGUAUUGGCGACAUCAGUUUUAAUGUUUAGAAACAUAACUAUUUUGUUUUAGAGAACUGACAAUGUUUUUGCUAUCUUUUAGUGCAAUAAGCCUUUGCAAAGGAGAAAUACCUGUCCAUUUUUGCUGUGCACGAACAGCAGCAUUUUGCACCACUAAUAGUGGGAGAAUGGACAUGUCCGUGCACUUAAAAGGACAAAGUUAGCCUUAAUUUUGAAAGGAAAGUCUUGUAAUAGGGAGGAUUCCCUUUUUUAAUGCAUAAAAAGGCAAACCCUUUCAUGCUGCUAGCAGAGUACAAGCUUUAAUACUGUCUAGUAAUGCAGGAUUUUUGAUCUGCUGCACCCUGGGGUUGGAGGGCAUGGUUUUUCCCAGCACAGAAGAAAUUCAGGUUUUUAGAUCUGUCCAGAUGACAUUAAGCAAAAGUCUAAAAGGGGGCAUGAAUAUUUUUUUAAAGCAGUUUUUGAUCAUGUAGACUUUCCUUUUGAAACUGAGUGCUUCAUUUCAUUUUACAAAUAAAGCUACAGAGGGCUGGGAUACACUUAAGUGAGAUCACUGAAAUGUGAAUCAGAUUAAUGGGCCUCUUUUUCAUCCCACUUUGAAGCUGAAGCAAAGUAUUUUACAAGAUGAUGAAGAUGAGCAUUGGACUCAGUAGCAGGGAUUCGGGGGCAUUUUGCACUUUGUAAACACAUGAACUGCAUUUGUGACUGCUUUUUUGCACUGGUUUUAUGGUAUAUAUGCAUAGAUAUAUACUGCAGAUGGUUCAUAUGGGCAUUGCUAGUAACCCAGCCCUGCUGAAACAAACAAACAAACAAAC